AUGGCCCCUACCGAGGACUCCUACGCAAAGGUCUCAACAGAAGCCACAACCGAAUUUGUCAAUUCCUUCUACCCGGCUCUCCAAUCCAACCGCGCAUCGAUUUCCACAUUCUACAGCACCCCGCCAUCGACCAUCGUGUUCAACGGAAACCCCGUCGCGGACGGAAAUGCGGUGCAAGAAAUCUUCGUCAACCAGAUGCCUCCGACGCACUACGAAGUGCAGUCAGUUGAUUGCCAAAUAAUUAACAGGCAGUACCCCACAGUCACAGUCGGUCGGCAAAUCGAUCCGAGAAAGGAUAUUUCAAUCUUGGUUAUUGUGAGCGGUUACGUCCGAUUCGGGGACUCGCGCGACCUUCCUCAACGCGGGUUCAGUGAGACGUUUGUUCUGGUGCCGAAUCCUUCUAGUGAAGGAGGAGGAAAGGGCAAACGGCGGAAGGACUGGCUCAUUCAGACGCAGAAUUUCCGCCUAGUCGUUUGA